CAUUUUUGUGAUUACGUCAUGAUGAAGAAUAUAAUGAUCAUGGCACCCUUGUUUACAUUUUUACUUCUCUUUACCCUCCCUUGUUUGAUCUCCUCAAAUAUUAUUUCAAUUCGUAGAAAUAUCAGUAUCACCGCAUUCGAAAAGAUCCCAUUACCCCCGAAGGUGACAACCACUGGAGGCUUCACAUUUGACUUGUUCAACAAAGGUCCGUACAUAGGCGUCCUUGAUGGCAGAAUCUUAAAGUACAACAAGAUUCGUAGAACUUUUGAAGAUUUUGCUUAUACUUCACCAGAUCGCACCAGCGCAUUCUGUGAUGGUACAACAAACUUUAAUAAAUUACAAAUUUGUGGAUUUCCUGCUGGAUUGAGUCCAGACCCCAUUACGGGCAAGAUAUAUGUUACUGAUUCAUCCCUUGGGCUUGACAUUGUGGGAAAUUUCGGGGGACUUGCAACUAAUUUAGUCCCUUCUAAAGAUGGUGUACCUUACCAUACGCUUAACGACCUCUAUGCUGCUAUAAAUCGCAAAGUUUACUUCGUCGAUGCUAGCAGUAUAUAUAAUUUAAGAGAUAUCAACACUUCCAUACUAACUGGAGAUUCAACCGGAAAGCUAUUGGAGUAUGAUAGUAGAACAAAAGUAGUGGUUGAAUUGCUCACAGGGUUAGGAGCUCCGGCAGGGGUGGCCUCAGACAGUGUAGCCUCGAGUAUCUUUGUUUCGGAGUACGCGGCUCGUAGGAUCCAAAAGUAUUAUAAAAAAGGAGAUAAGGCGGGUAAUUCUGAAGUUAUACUCUCAGGUCUAGGGAAUCCAUUCCAUAUUACGAGAAUUAAGGGGGAAGAUGAUUUUUGGGUUCCGAUUAACAAUGUGGUAAAUGAAACUUAUGCAAAUACUCAAGCUGUGAAGUUUAAUAUUGAUGGCCAAAUACUAGCAAUACUAGACCUCACUCGAGAGUUCAGUCAACUCGUUACAACAGUUUACCAACAAGGUAACGAACUAUACGUGACGGGGCUCAACACUGGAUAUCUUGGCAAAUACAUGUUGGUAUAUUCUUAGUAACAUUGAAUAUGUUGAGAGACGCUAGGUUAAUGUUGUUGAAGUACGGGGAAUAAUUAUUCUCUCUCCGU